CCUUCGAACCACUUAAUUGAUAUCAAAAAUCAAAUUAAGCAUAUAUAAAAAAUCCUAACUUAACAAACUAUGGCUACUUCCCUUCUCGCUUUUGCGUCUCUACUACUACUAGUUGUGCUCUCCAACCCCGAUCUCGCCGCGUCCGUCCGCAUCGCCGGAUCCUGCCGCGCUAGCGGCUACUUGCCCGGCAAGUCGGGCAACUGCAACCGCGAGAACUACUCUGACUGCUGCGAAGACGGCAAGAAGUACCCGCAGUACCGAUGCUCCCCUCCCGUCACCGCCGAAACUCCCGCGACCAUGACAUUGAACAGCUUCGCUAAGGGUGGGGACGGCGGGGGGCCGUCGGAGUGCGACAACAAGUAUCAUCCGGAUGACGAAAUGGUGGUCGCGUUGUCGACGGGGUGGUUCGACGGGAUGAGCCGGUGCCUGAAGAAUAUCAGGAUAAAUGCGAACGGGAACUCCGUGCUCGCGAAGGUCGUCGACGAGUGCGACUCUGUGAAUGGGUGCGACAAAGACCACGACUUCCAGCCGCCGUGCGCGAAUAACAUCGUGGACGCUUCGCCGGCCGUGUGGAAGGCGCUGGGGAUCCCGAAAAAGGUCGGAGAGUACAGCAUCACCUGGUCGGACGCCUGAUCGAUCGGUCGAUUGAGUUGCACGUAAUAUAAUUCGUAUACUUUGUUGUUUGCAUUACGUUGAGCUUAGUUGUUGCUUAUGUAUGUACGAGUGUGGUGUGUUGUAUUAAUUUGUUGUUGCUUAUGUUUGUACGAGUGUGGUGUGUUGUAUUAAUUUGUUGUCACUGUACAUUUGUUUGAUGCGUAUGCUGCAGUUAAUU